AUGGUAUCCCUCAAGUGCCUCUCCGCCGUUGCCCUCCUCGCAAUCGCUUCAGCUCAGUCGACAAACAACACAACCCCAAUUCGCUACAUGCCCUUUGGCGACAGCAUAACGGAAAUAGUCUGCUGGCGAUCAAAACUGUGGCAGCGGUUCCGGACCACUGAGUGGGCAAACGUCAACUUCGUUGGCAGUGGCAAGACGGAGAACAACUGCCGCGACACGACCUAUGACCGCGACAAUGAAGGACACUCUGGUCACUAUGCCCAUAUACGAGAUGCGUUGGAGAAACAAACUGACUCGGUAAAUCGAACUUUAGGCUUCCUCGCCAUCGAUAUCGCGAAUAAGAAUCAGCUUGACGGAUGGCUGAAGACGAACCCCGCAGAUGUUAUCACCAUGCACCUGGGCACAAACGAUAUCGUGCAGCAGAAUAAAGCGGUGACGGACAUCAUCGCUGCGUUUACCAAACUCGUUGGCACUAUGCGGACGUCGAAUCCCAAGAUGAAGAUCAUCGUUGCCCAAAUCAUCCCCCUAGGCAUCGGGAACUACAACGGCAAGGUCCAGGAACUGAACCGCGCGAUCGUGCCCUGGGCGCAAGGUCUCAAUACGACGCAGAGCCCCAUCUGGGUUGUAGACCAGUAUACAGGGUUCAGUGGGAGCGCGGAUCUGAGGGACGGAGUACAUCCAAAUGAUAGCGGCGAUGUCAAAAUGGCGAACGUGUGGUAUCCUGCGGUUGUGAGGGCUUUUGAGGCUGCGAGAACCGACAGGGUUGUCAUUGGGAGGGAGUUUGCAGCAUAG